AUGACGGACAAAAGCCCCUUCGAGACGGAUAUGCUGACGCUCACGCGGUUUGUCAUGGAGAAGGGACGCCGCGUGAAGGGAGCAACGGGGGAGCUGACGCAGCUGCUCAACUCCAUGUUGACUGCCAUAAAGGCCAUUUCUGCUGCUGUCAGAAAGGCAGGCCUUGCCCACAUGUUUGGUAUAGCUGGCACUGUGAAUGUGACGGGUGAUGAGGUGAAGAAGCUGGAUGUGUUAUCCAACUCCCUGGUGAUUAACAUGCUCCAGUCCUCCUACAGCACCUGUGUCCUGGUCACAGAGGAGAACAAGGAGGCCAUCAUCACCCCGAAAGACAAGCGGGGUAAAUAUGUGGUGUGCUUUGACCCCCUUGACGGUUCAUCCAAUAUAGACUGCUUGGCACCAAUAGGAACAAUAUUUGCUAUCUACAAAAAGGAAACAGAUGAUGAGCCCUCUGAAAAAGAUGCUUUACAGCCUGGACGCAAUAUUGUUGCUGCAGGCUAUGCCCUGUAUGGUAGUGCUACGCUGGUUGCACUCUCCACAGGGCAAGGAGUGGACUGCUUCAUGCUCGAUCCGGGUCUUGGUGAAUUUAUUUUGGUGGACAGAGAUGUUAAAAUCAAGAAGAAGGGGAAGGUAUACAGUCUCAAUGAAGGUUAUGCAAAGUAUUUUGAUCCUGCAAUGACAGAAUAUUUACAAAAGAAGAAAUUCCCUGAGGAUGGCAGUUCCCCAUACGGUGCCAGGUAUGUGGGCUCCAUGGUAGCUGAUGUUCACCGUACAUUGAUGUACGGUGGGAUCUUCAUGUAUCCUGCUAAUCAGAAGAGUCCUAAAGGAAAGCUCCGACUUCUCUAUGAAUGCAACCCUAUGGCUUUCAUCAUCGAGCAGGCAGGUGGCAUAGCAACUACAGGGACCGAAGCAGUGUUGGAUGUGAAACCUGAGAAUAUUCACCAGAGAGUUCCUUUUAUCCUUGGCUCUCCAGACGAUGUGCAAGAAUACCUUGCUUGUGUACAGAAACACCAGAAGAGCAGCUAA